AUGCCUAUAUUAUUCAGUGUAGUUGCCAGAGGCACAGUUGUUCUGGCUAAAUAUGCUACAUGUGCUGGAAAUUUUACUGAAGUAACUGAGCAAAUAUUAUCAAAAAUUCCUCCCCACGACGACAAACUUACCUACUCUCACGGAAACUAUCUCUUUCACUACAUUGCAGAGAAUAAAUUAGUUUAUUUUUGCAUUACUGAUGAUAAAUUUCAAAGGUCGAGAGCUUUUCUCUUUCUCAAUGAAAUUAAAAGAAGGUUUACAACAGUAUUUGGGGAUACGGCCCAAACCGCCAUUCCAUAUGCUAUGAAUAGUGAAUUUGCAAGAAUACUGGCCACAGAAAUGAAACAUUACAGUGAAUCUAAAGACCUGGAAACAAUAUCAAGAGUCCAUGGUGAACUAGAUGAAUUAAAAAACAUCAUGGUUAAAAAUAUCGAUAGCAUGGCGAUGCGAGGUGAAAAAUUGGAGCUGCUUCUGAAUAAGGCCGAUAAUUUGGCAACAAAUUCGGUGUCCUAUAGAACUUCAGCGAGAACCCUCCAGCGUUCACUGUUUUGGAAGAAUGUUAAAAUGUAUGUCAUAAUGGCUGUUAUAUUUGGGUUCGCUAUUUACUUGAUCGGCGCCAUGGCUUGUGGUGGUUUGGCGUGGCAGUCCUGCGUUGGUUAA